AUGCCUUCCACCGCCACCGUUGUGACCUCCGCCCUGGCCGUGGGCGCCCUGUCGUACGUUGUCUACUUUGACUACCAGCGACGACACAACGCCGACUUCCGACGAAAGCUCAAGAAGAGCAACCGAGAUCUGGAGAAGGCUGAAGCUGCCCAUGCCACCGCCAAGAAGAACGAAAUCAAGCAGCAGAUCAUCAAGAAGCUCGACGCCUCGUUGGCAUCCCAGCAGAUCCCCUCCGGCAUGAAGGAGAAGGAGGAGUUUUUCCUGGCCCAGGUGACCCAGGCCGACGAGUUUGCCCAGGCCAACGACAUCGAGAACGCCGCCAUUGCCUACUACAAGGCUCUGUCCGUCUACCCCGUGCCCACCGACCUUCUGGGAAUCUACGAGCAGUCCGUCAAGCAGCCCAUUCUGGAGCUCGUCCUGCAGAUGAUCUCUGCCCGAACCCCCGAGUCUCUGCUCGCCUCUCUGGGAGCCAAGCUCGAUGCUUCCGUCGAGUAA